AUGUCAGGCGGAGGCGAUCAGCAACGGAUGUUGAUGGAUAAUCAGCAGCUAACUCCGAUGUCAAUCCAAUCUAGAGCACUUUUUGUCUCUGACUCAUCAGCAUUAAGGCACCAUGGGCAAAAUUCUCCCUUUAUAAAGGAAGAGAUACAAAAUGGAGUCCAUAUUCAGUCCCCUGCCUCAGUGGUAAACCACUCUCAGAAACUUCAGGAUGACUUGCAGGAACUUGGUCAAAGAAUUAAGCACCAUGAAGACAAUAUCAAAUACUUCAAAUGUCUGACGAAUAGAUUAGAUGGGUCGAUCCUUGAUAUGCAAGUUGCUAUUGGAAAGUAUCGUACUGGAAAUUUCUCUGGAAGCGGAAAUGAAGGUCCUGUCUCAAUGGAGAGUGAGGAAGACGUACUUCAGCAAAUCCUGAAGUACGAGAAUUCUGCAGCAGCCAUGUUGUGUAAGAUGAAAUAUAACCGUGAAGCUCAGGCCUCUGAUCACUCGUCGACUGAAGAUGUGCUUGGCGUUGUUGCUAUACUAGGCAAAGUUGAUGAUGCUAACCUUAGCAGGCUUCUAUCAGAGUAUUUGGGUUUGGAAACCAUGUUAGCAGUGGUCUGCAAGACCUAUGAAGGAGUCAAAGCUCUUGAGGGAUACACCAAAGAUGGUUCGAUUAAUAAAGGUUCUGGCGUGCAUGCUCUAGCUGCAUUAGCUGGACGGCCUUUGGAUGAACGAUUCCUUGUCAUUUGUCUUGAAAAUUUGAGACCGUAUUCUGGUCAGAUAAUAGCUGGUGACACCCAACGGAGGCUUGAUCUUCUGAAACCUAGAACAACUAGUGGGGAGCCUCCUGCUGGCUUUCUUGGUUUUGCUGUAAAUAUGGUGACAAUUGAUGGCACUUACUUAUACUGUACCAGGAAAAACAAACACAGUCUGAGAGAGACGCUAUUCUAUUACCUUUUCUCGGACUUGCAAGUAUACAGAUCAAGAGCUGACAUGCUAAAGGCUCGGUCUUAUAUAGCACAUGGAGCCAUAUCUCUCGAUGGAGGGUUGAUAAGAAGUCCCGGGAUGUUCUCCUUGGGUCAUCAUAAGAUGGAUAUAGAUGUCAAGUUCCCCAGUGACCCGAAAAGGAGUCUCCCAGCGACCUAUUUUGAAAUUGAAAAUCAACUUAAGGAGACAAAAUGGAAGAGGGAGCGAGCAUGGGAAGAUAUGCAGAGAGAGCAGGCACUAUUAGACCGUGAAAAGUUCAACUACGAAAUAAAAAAGAAGGAUUUUGUCAAGUUUAUUGCUGAAAGUGGAUCAUAUGCUGCUCAGUAUCAGAUGGGACGCUUGUCGACACCUAGAUGA